CUGGGUUCAGUGGGAGGAAGCCAGGCCGAGUGCAGACGGCUGCUGAUUCUGGGGCUGGCCAGGAAAUCAAGGUUCUCCUCCACCAUGGACUCACCGGCACCGAGCCAGCUCCGCCAAACCCAGCCUGUGGCCCCCUCCCCACUGACAUCCUACCGCUGGCACCUGGGGAGCAGCGAGGAGAAGGAGAAGGGAGCUGGAGGCUUCCGCUGGGGCCGCCUGGCCAGCUGGGGAAGGGCACUGAGCCACCAGGAGCCCAUGGUGAGCAGCCAGCCGGCCCCUCACUCACUAUUCCGUCGGGUGCUCCCUGCACCCCCCAAAGAGUCACGGAGAAGUCGCCUCCAGCUCUCCAAGACCCUCUGGAGUCGGCACAAGAGUGCAUCACAGGAGCCAGAGCCAGAGCCAGAGACUCCAGAGCUAGAGCUGGAGCCAGAGCCACUUGUGUCACAGAUCCCUGAGGCCCCCACCCCAGAUGUGCCUGUCUGGGACAUUGGGGGCUUCACUCUGCUUGAUGGAAAGCUGGUGCACAUUGGAGGCAAGGAGGAGGAGGGUCCUCGUUGGCCCCAGAUAGGAAGCGCUAGCUUGGAGGGCAGCAUGCAAGUGGUCAUGGGGAAUCUCAGGAACCCAGAUCGGACCUCUGGAAAGACUGAGCCAGAGGCUGCUGGCUCCAGCCAGGUCCACAAUGUUCGGGGGUUGCUCAAGAGGCUGAAAGAGAAGAAAAAGUCCAGGUCGGACCUGGAAGCCAGUGUCCCACGGGAUGGGACCCCCAGCACUCUGGGCUCUAGGGAAUCGCUGGUCACACUCUCCGAGCUGGACCUGGGCGCUGAGCAGGACGUGCGGGUCUGGCCGCUGCACUCCAGCCUCCUGGGGGAGCCCCACUGCUUCCAGGUGACGUGGGUGGGCGGGAGCCGCUGCUUCUCCUGUCGUUCGGCUGCUGAGAGAGACCGCUGGAUCGAGGACCUUCGUCGCCACUUCCAGCCCAGCCAGGACAAUGCGGAGCGGGAGGAGACGUGGCUGAGCGUGUGGGUACUCGAGGCGAAGGGGCUUCCUCGGCCGGCGGGAGCGCAAGGCGUGCAGGCCGAGCUGUGGCUGGACGGCUCGCUGCUGGCGCGCACCGCUCCGCGCGCCGGCCCGGGCCAGCUCUUCUGGGCCGAGCGCUUCCACUUCGAGGCGCUGCCGCCCGCUCGUCGCCUGUCGCUGCGACUGCGCGGCGCGGGCUCCGCGGGCACGGCCCUGGGCCGUGCGGCACUGGCUCUGGAGGAGGUGAGCGCCCCCCGCGCGCCCGCCGCCGGCCUGGAGCGCUGGUUCCCGCUGCUCGGGGCGCCGGCGGGGGCGGCGCUGAGGGCGCGGGUGCGGGCGCGCCGCCUUCGGGUGCUGCAAUCGGAGCGCUACAAGGAGCUGGCCGAGUUCCUCACCUUCCACUACGCGCGCCUCUGUGGGGCGCUGGAGCCUGAGCUGCCCGCCCAGGCCAAGGAGGAGUUGGCGGCCGCCAUGGUGCGCGUGCUGCGGGCCACGGGCCGGGCACAGGCAUUGGUGACAGACCUGGGCACCGCGGAGCUGGCGCGCUGUGGAGGCCGGGAGGCGCUGCUGUUUCGAGAAAACACUUUAGCCACCAAGGCCAUUGACGAGUACAUGAAGCUGGUGGCGCAGGGUUACCUCCAGGAGACCCUAGGGCAGGUCGUACGGCGUCUCUGUGCCUCUACCGAGGACUGUGAGGUGGACCCCAGCAAGUGCCCAGCCCUGGAGCUGCCCGAGCACCAAGCCAGGCUUCGGAACAGCUGUGAGGAGGUCUUUGAAACCAUCGUCCACUCUUACGAUUGGUUCCCAGCAGAGCUGGGUGCUGUGUUCUCAGGCUGGCGAGAAGCAUGCAAAGCAAGAGGCUCUGAAGCACUGGGCUCCCGACUGGUGUGCGCCUCCCUCUUCCUGCGGCUCCUGUGCCCUGCCAUCCUGGCACCCAGCCUCUUUGGCCUGGCACCAGAACACCCAGCACCAAACCCAGCCAGAACCCUCACGCUGAUCGCUAAAGUCAUCCAGAACCUCGCCAACCAUGCCCCGUUUGGUGAGAAGGAAGCCUACAUGAGCUUCAUGAACAGCUUUCUGGAGGAUCAUGGGCCAGCCAUGCAACACUUCCUGGACCAGGUGGCCACGACAGAUGAGGACACCGCACCCAGCGGCUACCAGGGCAGCAGCGACCUGGCCCUCCAGUUGGCCGUCCUGCAUGCCCAGCUCUGUACGAUCUUUGCUGAGCUUGACCAGGCAACCUGUGACAGCUUGGAACCACUCCCCACCAUCCUACAAGCCAUUGAGGAAGGUCGACCAGUACCUGUGUCUGUGCCAAUGUGUCUCCCCCCACCUCCUUCCCAAGUCCACACCAGCUUCUCCGCAGGGGCGAAGCCCGGCUUCCUGGCACCCCGGGACCUCCCCAAACACACCCCUCUCAUCAAGAGCCAGUCUCUGCGCACCUUUCAAGGCUCCGGGAGCUGGGCCCGGCGUCAGGCGGAGGAAGAGCGGCCCCCGAGGCGGCCCCAGCCAGUGCAGCGCACGCAGAGCGUCCCCGCCGCCCGCCGACGCCCAUCCGAGGGGCCCCGGCCGCGCCCCAAAGGCUCCAUCCGAUCCGGCCCCGCGCUCCGCGCCCGGCCCUGGACCGAGGCCUCUACCUCGCUGCCUCGGAAGCCAUCGGUGCCCUGGCAGCGCCAGCUGGACCAGCCAAGGGACCGAGACCAGGUGCUAGGCACGCAGCGACCUAUGGGCAAGCUGGCAGAACUACAGGGUGAAGUGGCCGCGCUGCGCGAGGAGCAGAAAGCGCUGUCCCGCCUGGUGGAGUCGCUGAGCACUCACAUUCGGGCCCUGACGGAGCAGCAGGAGAAACUGAGGGGACAGCUGCAGGAAUUAGACGCCGGGCUCCGUGCCGGGACCUCGGAGCUGAAUCCAGAGAGUGGUCCUCCAAAUGGUGAAGGGCAUAGGUUGAAAAGUCUGGAGUGCCGCCUGACUAAGACAGAGCACACUCAGGCCCAGCUGAAGGACAAAGUCCAGAACCUACAACUUCUUCUGAGGACACCAGGGUCCCGGAGCCAGACUCCGCCCCUCCAAGCAUCCUUCGUCAAUGGAGACACCACCUGAGCAGCCCGUCCCACCCUAUGUGCCCCAGGACACAGCUGGGGGGGGGGUCUGACCCCUGCCUUAGUGCUGCUUGGCCUAAGGCAGGGUGUAGAGCUGUGGGUGCCAACCACUGCCACUGUGAAGUUGUGCAGUAAAAUCUUGAUUUCAGUAUAAUUGGCAGUUUCUUUGCUCCUAAGUAUCACUAAUCAGAGUACACUGUAACCCUUAUUCAGCUCUCCCACAUUCUCCCCUAGUAUGAGGGAAAUGUAAGCAGAUUCUCACCAGCUGUGUGCCUUUAGGGCAUCACUCUACAGCUUGCAUUGCCUUAUCUGUAAAAUGCAUCCAACAUUUCCUACACAGUGGAAGACCCUAAGUUAAAGGCAUUCUAUAAAAGGAGUUCAUGGACAGCACCUGCUUCUCAGUGAAGCACGGAUCCCACU